UUAUAACCAUACUAUAACAACACAUUGAUUAAUAAUGGUCAGUCUGCGUGUUUUAGUUUUUUUAACUAUGUUUACACCAAUUUUUUCCAUAAGAAAAUAUUCAAAACAUGACAUGCUUAAAUUACGUGAAGAGGUUCGUCAAAUGUUCCAGCAUGCUUAUAAUGGUUAUUUAAAAUAUGCAUCAGAUUAUGAUGAAUUGAGACCAUUGACUUGCGAUGGUGUUAAUACUUGGGGAAGUUAUUCCCUGACUCUUGUGGAUGCUUUAGACACACUGGCUGUGAUGGGAAAUUAUACAGAAUUUAGACGUGCUGUAGAUAUUAUAAUUAGCAAAGCAAACUUUGAUACAAACAUUAAUGUAUCAGUAUUUGAAACUAAUAUAAGGAUUGUCGGAGGUUUAAUAAGUGCCCAUCUUAUGUCAUUUAGGGCAGGCAUUGACAUAGAACCAGGUUGGCCUUGCAAUGGUCCACUUUUGAGAUUAGCUGAGGAUGUUGCUAGAAGGCUUCUACCAGCAUUUAAUACACCAACUGGUAUGCCUUAUGGCACUGUAAAUUUGCGAUAUGGAGUACCAGAAGGAGAAACAUCCAUAACAUGCACUGCAGGAGUUGGAACAUUUAUAAUAGAGUUUGGAGCACUUAGUAGACUGACAGGGGAUCCAAUAUAUGAAGAGGUAGCAUUAAAUGCUUUGCAUUCAUUAUAUAAACACCGAUCUUCUAUUGGAUUAUUUGGAAAUCAUAUUGAUGUAUUAACCGGACGAUGGACUGCUCAAGAUGCGGGUAUAGGAGCAGGAGUAGAUUCCUAUUAUGAAUAUUUAGUUAAAGGUGCUAUUAUGCUUCAAAGGCCAGAACUUAUGCAUAUGUUUAAUGAAGGUUAUAAAUCAAUAAAUAAGUAUUUGCGCAAAGAUGAUUGGCAUAUAUGGGCUUCUAUGAAUAAAGGCCAAGUAACACUACCUGUAUUUCAAUCUCUAGAAGCAUACUGGCCAGGCGUUUUAAGUUUAAUUGGUGAUACAAAAAAUGCUAUGAAGACUUUACAUAAUUAUCACAGUGUUUGGAAGCAGUAUGGAUUUACGCCCGAGCUCUAUAACAUAGCUGCUGGUGAAGCUGGGACUAAUAGGGAAAACUAUCCAUUAAGGCCAGAAUUAAUUGAAUCAGUGAUGUACUUAUAUAGAGCAACACAAGAUCCAUAUUUAUUGCAAGUUGGUGAAGACAUAUUGAGAAGCAUACAACAUAGUGCUAAAACAUCUUGUGGAUAUGCUACAAUUAAAGAUGUCAGAAAUCAUCAAAGAGAAAAUAAAAUGGAAUCAUUCUUUCUUGCCGAAACAACCAAAUAUUUGUAUUUACUAUUUGACACUAAUAACUUUAUACAUUCAAGAGGACAACAUGGGCAAAUAAUUGAUACUCCAAAUGGUAAAUGCAUUAUUGAUACUGGAGGAUACGUUUUUAACACAGAAGCACAUCCAAUCGAUAUUGCAGCCUUACAUUGUUGUCAUGAAAUUCCCAGACAAAAUUUAUUAUCAAACUUACAUGAAAAAAUAAAAAUGUUCCGAAGCAUUAAAAGCAAAGUUCAUGACUUCACAACAGAUGAUCACUCAAAACCACAAAAAUUGCAAAGUGAAGGAAAGAUUUUGGAUAUUGAUAUCACAGAAAUAUCAGAAAAUGAAUUAAAUGAAAAUCCAAAUGUUAUGGAUAAUAAAUUUACUAAUGAUACAUUUUCAAGAAACAAUACUGAAGGAAAAUAUCAAACAAAUGAAAGUAGUUCUCAGGGUCAUCUAGGUGAAGUUAUUGAAAUUGUCAAGUUUUCUUCAGAUUUAGAUACAAAUUCCGAAGAAAAUGAUAUGCUACAUACGGCAAAUGAUUCCACAUUAAGAGAAAUUAAGUAUAAAACUGAUAUUGAUAAGAAUACUGCUAAAGUUGUAGACAGUUUUUCGGACACAACCCCUGUAGAAAGUUUAGUUAAAAAUUUGAUCAAAAGUGCGUUGCCAAAAAAAUUGAAGUUUGACCCACAAGAUUUAUUACUUAUGAUUAAGAAUAAUUAUCAUUCAAGAAAUAUUACAUGGGAGAAUGAUUAUAAAUUGCUUACUUGUAAGGCACAACCAUUUUCUCAAAGGAUAUCUCUAUUAGGUGAAUUUUACAAUUAAUUUUUUAUGUGAUUUUUUAAGAGCGGA